AUGUCGGUGCUCGGUGGAUGCUGUCAGAUGCUGAGCUGCAUGGCCCAGAUGCUCCGCAAAUGGCUGCAGAGAUUGUUUGGAGUACGGUGCAGAGAUGCGCUUCUUGCAGACCUCAAUGAAGCUACACCUCAACAGGUUCAGGGGCCCCUGGAGGUUGCACAAUCAAUCUCCGAGGAAGAGCUGGCGCACAUUCUUGGAAACAGUUUUCCAAGCUCUGAGCAGCGCCAGUUCGCGGAGGGCAAGGAAUCGGAGGACCUGGAACGGCUUCAAGAGGAGUUUCUGGAGAUAGUACAGGCCUGUGAUUCUCAGGCUGCACUGCGGGCAGUCCAAUCAGCUACUUCGGACAUCGUGAACGCCAGCGAUGACUGUGUGGGAAGCGCCUUGCAUUUCAUUGCAGCCGAGGGACAUGUGCAGGCGUGCCGCUCUUUGCUCUCAAGGGCCGACUUUGUGCAGGUCAAUGCCAGGAAUGGAAUUGGGUCGACAGCCCUCCACAUCGCAGCUGCAAACGACGAGGAGGAAAUCUGCAAAAUGAUACUGGCUUGCCCAAGGUUCACAUUGGGAGCAGGGGCUUUCAACAACAAUGGGCAGACGCCGAUGGAUUUUGCUGCUGAGUUUGGGCCGCAGCCUCUGCACAUUUACAUCAGCAGAGUGCCAGAAUUGCACUCGUCGUGCCCGGCUGCUUGA